AUGAUGGCAACAGGUACUUUGAAUCAAUACAUUCAAUAUGUAGAGCGUAUGUUUAGAACUGCUAAUGGAGAAAACUUAGCCAGACUUCUUUCAUUGAGAGACGACCAUAUAAAUAAUAAAAAUCUUAGGUCAAGUGACAUAGCCACACUCGUAGAAGGGAACUGUGUCGCACCGUUGGAUGAGAUUAUAAUUUACCAUUUAUGUUGUGUUCAGGCUUUAUCUGUCAAAGACUUUAUAGAGGCAUAUCAUCAUCAAAGCCAGUGUGUCGCUGCUGUAGUUAGGUUACUACAAGCUCAGAAGGAAGAAAAUUGGAGUCUUUCUCUCAUGUAUACAGUUUGUUUGGACUUACGCCUCGUCGCUCAGAAAGCAGAAUUAUGUGAUGCACAAAGCAAUGGAAAAAUACUUGAAAAGGCUGCAGAAAGUUUGUUAGCAUGUUUCCGUGUUUGUGCUGCAGAUAACAGAACAGCAGAUGAAGAUACGAAGAGACUUGGAAUGCUCAACCUUGUUAAUCAAUUACUUAAAGUAUAUUUUCGAAUAAACAAACUGCACUUGUGCAAACCUCUUAUAAGGGCAAUAGAUUCUUCACCAUUUAAAGAUCAAUUUCCUCUAGCGCAACAAAUCACAUAUAGAUAUUUCGUUGGCAGAAAAGCAAUGUUUGACUCGGACUACAGAUCUGCUGAUGAAUAUUUAUCAUUCGCUUUCCAAAAUUGCCAUCAUCAAAGCAUAAAAAAUAAGAGGCUUAUAUUAACAUAUUUGAUCCCAGUUAAAAUGCUUUUAGGGUUUAUGCCAGCAAAGCGUUUGUUGCACAAGUAUGACUUAUUACAGUUUUGGGAUCUAGUUACCACUGUAAAGAAUGGUGAUCUACGUGGAAUUGAUCAUGUUAUGGAAGAACAUGAAAGUUUCUUCAUAAGGGCUGGGAUUUAUUUAAUUGUGGAGAAGUUAAAAAUUACUGCAUACAGAAAUUUAUUUAGAAAAGUCUAUUUGGCUGAGAAUACACAUCAAAUUGAUAUAGUGAGUUUUCAAGCUGCUUUACAGAUUAUGGGUCAAGUCGAUGUUGACUCGGAUGAGACACAGUGUAUUGUCGCCAAUUUGAUAUAUGAUGGAAAAAUUAAAGGGUACAUUUCGUAUCAACAUAAAAAAGUUGUUGUUAGUAAGCAAAAUGCGUUUCCGCCAUUGUCCAGUUUGUAUUAA